AAAUUAAGUUGGGACUGAGUGAGUACUUAUCAUCGUAUAAGGUUAGCAUAUUCCCCGCAAUUCUAGACGUAUAUACUGGGAAUACAGGUAUCUAUUUACUUCCUCGAUUCAUAUAUAAAGGAGCUUCUACUCUUGAGUAAUGUGAAAGUUGAGUUUUCCCAAAAGAUGAGUUUGUCAAGAAUGACUUCUUUUGGGUAUUGUAUUCUUGUUGUUUUGGGUUUGAUUGUGAGUGAGUCAGUUUUAUGCAAUGGUGGAGUCACCAGUAGUUUUGUUAGAAAAGUUGAGAAAACAAUUGAUAUGCCUCUGGAUAGUGAUGUUUUCAGUGUUCCUCCUGGACAUAAUACGCCUCAACAGGUUCACAUAACACAAGGAGAUCAUGUGGGAAAGGCUGUUAUUGUUUCAUGGGUGACUAUGGAUGAACCUGGUUCAAGUACAGUAGUAUACUGGAGUGAGAAAAGCAAGCAAAAGUAUAAGGCCAGCGGAAAAGUUACUACCUACACAUAUUAUAACUAUACUUCUGGUUACAUCCACCACUGCAAUAUCAAAAAUUUGAAGUUUGAUACCAAAUACUACUAUAAGAUUGGGAUUGGACGGGUGUCACGAACCUUCUGGUUCACAACUCCUCCAGAAGUCGGCCCUGAUGUACCCUAUACUUUUGGUCUUAUAGGGGAUCUUGGUCAGAGUUUCGAUUCAAACAAGACACUCACACAUUAUGAAUUAAAUCCAAUUAAGGGGCAAGCAGUGUUGUUCGUAGGCGACCUAUCUUAUGCUGAUAACUACCCUAAUCAUGAUAAUGUAAGGUGGGACACAUGGGGAAGGUUUGUAGAGAGAAGUACUGCUUAUCAACCUUGGAUUUGGACAGCAGGAAAUCAUGAGUUAGAUUUUGCUCCUGAAAUUGGGGAAACAAAACCAUUCAAGCCCUACACUCAUCGGUAUCAUGUCCCAUUCAGAGCAUCAGACAGCACAUCUCCACUUUGGUAUUCAAUCAAGCGAGCCUCAGCGUAUAUCAUAGUUUUAUCGUCAUAUUCAGCAUAUGGCAAAUACACUCCUCAAUACAAGUGGCUUGAGGAAGAGCUACCAAAGGUUAACAGGACUGAGACUCCGUGGCUGAUUGUUCUAGUACAUUCACCAUGGUAUAACAGCUACAACUAUCACUAUAUGGAAGGGGAAACCAUGAGAGUAAUGUAUGAACCAUGGUUUGUACAGUACAAAGUGGAUAUGGUUUUUGCAGGUCAUGUUCAUGCUUAUGAACGAACGGAACGGAUUUCUAAUGUGGCCUACAACGUUGUCAAUGGAGAAUGCAGUCCUAUUAAAGAUCAGUCUGCUCCAAUUUAUGUAACAAUCGGUGAUGGAGGAAAUCUUGAAGGCCUAGCCACCAACAUGACAGAGCCACAACCAGCUUACUCUGCAUUCCGCGAGGCCAGUUUUGGACAUGCCACUCUUGCCAUCAAGAAUAGAACUCAUGCUUAUUAUAGUUGGCAUCGUAAUCAAGAUGGAUAUGCUGUGGAAGCUGAUAAAAUAUGGGUUAACAACCGAGUUUGGCAUCCAGUUGAUGAGUCCACAGCAGCCAAAUCAUGAUGAUAUACACGAAAUUUCAUCUAUCUUUUCUUUCCUUUUCCUCAGUAACAUUGUGUACUUUUUUGAUGAAUAAAUGUUUCAUUAUUUCAAGCUCUUGCUGCCUCAUAAUUUGUUAAACGUCCAUUUGGGACAUGGCAGAAGAGUCAUUGUGUGGAAAACGAAAAAAACGUCGUAAAAGAAAAUCGAAGGACAUACAUUUGUUCAUAUUACUCAUUUUUCCAAAUUAUAAUUCUAA